AUGAAGGUCACAAUCAAAGCCGAAGAGCUCAACUACGCCAUCUACAGACACCUCCUCGAAAACGGCUAUCACCACUCCGCCUACCUUUUCCAACAGGAAGCGCAGAUACCCAACACGCUCACGCAAGGCCAAAUUCCCCAAGCCCAAGACACUGGCCUCGCCCGCAAAGGCAAGACCAUCAACAACUUCCCGCCACACUGCCUCAUUACACUCAUACACAAAGCCCUGCUCUACCUUUGGGUAGAAUACCACACUGACGCCGUAACUGGGGAGCUGAACACAUGCGAGUCGUCGUUCUCAUUGUUCAAGCCGCACGUGUGUCGAAAGGUGGCCGCCGCGGGCAAGAAGGCAGUUAAGAAGGCUCCGCCUGGGCGGGGCCGUCGCGCGGCUAAGGAAGAGUUUUCGCUGGACACGAGCGCCGGACUCACCGUGCUCAAGGGCGGCGACAUCGUCAUGCACGCCGACCCACCCGACGCACAGAGCCAGGCCACCUUCCCCUGCCUCGCGCCCGACCACAAACACGUCCUCGUCUGGUGGGCCAACGACGCGAAUCGAACCGGCGACUGCGCCCUCUACACACUGGAAGGCGAACCCGUCGACCUGCCGUCAACCGCCAAACAACUCCUCGGCGUCCGAGUGCUCCAGUGGACAGCACCCAGCGCCUUCAAAAUUACCAUCGCAGGACGCCGCGCAGACGUCACUCUUGACUUCCGCGACAUCGAUGGUACUUGGCAGCAAUCCUGA